GCAUGCGCGAGCCAUUUGACCGCUGUAAAGUGCGUGAGAGGCUGGAAUAGCGACGUGCUCUGCGCUUUCCGGCUGUCGUGUGAAAGACGUCUAGGUCCGAACUGAGGUAGCCAUGGGGAAGGUGAAUGUGGCCAAGCUGCGUUACAUGAGCCGAGAUGACUUCAGGGUCUUGACCGCGGUUGAAAUGGGCAUGAAGAACCAUGAAAUUGUUCCUGGCAGUUUGAUUGCUUCUAUAGCCAGCCUUAAACAUGGUGGCUGUAAUAAAGUUUUAAGAGAAUUAGUGAAACAUAAACUCAUAGCUUGGGAGCGUACCAAAACUGUCCAGGGCUACCGGUUGACAAAUGCAGGAUAUGAUUACCUAGCUUUGAAAACACUUUCUUCUAGGCAAGUCGUUGAGUCUGUUGGAAACCAGCUGGGUGUUGGCAAAGAAUCAGAUAUUUACAUUGUUGCAAAUGAAGAAGGACAGCAAUUUGCAUUAAAGCUUUACAGACUAGGAAGAACCUCGUUUCGAAAUCUGAAAAACAAACGUGAUUAUCAUAAACAUAGGCAUAAUGUUUCUUGGCUUUAUUUAUCUCGUCUCUCUGCCAUGAAGGAAUUUGCCUAUAUGAAGGCAUUGUAUGAGAGAAAAUUUCCAGUUCCAAAGCCAGUUGAUUACAAUCGUCAUGCAGUGGUCAUGGAACUCAUAAAUGGUUAUCCACUAUGUCAGAUACACCAUGUUGAAGAUCCUGCUUCAGUAUAUGAUGAAGCUAUGGAACUAAUUGUCAAACUUGCAAAUCAUGGGCUGAUUCAUGGAGAUUUUAAUGAAUUUAAUCUCAUUUUGGAUGACAAUGACCAUAUCACCAUGAUUGAUUUUCCGCAGAUGAUUUCGACGUCUCAUCCCAAUGCUGAGUGGUAUUUUGACCGAGAUGUUAAAUGCAUUAGAGAUUUCUUCUUGAAACGUUUCAGCUAUGAAAGUGAGCUUUUUCCAACCUUGAGGGAUAUCAGGAGGGAGGACACUCUUGAUGUGGAGGUUUCUGCCAGUGGCUACACAAAGGAAAUGAAGGCAGAUGAUGAACUGCUUCAUCCAUUAGGUCCAGAUUAUAAAAAUAGUGCAACAGAAGACGGAUCUGAAUUCUCAUUUUCUGAUGAAGAAGUGGAAGAAAAAACAGAGGUUUAUAGGUCAGAAAAUGAAAGUGAGCAGAACUCUCUAGAGGAAUCAGAGGGCUGUGAUUGCAGAUCAUCUGGAGACCCUAGACAAAUAAAAGAAGAUGGUUUAUCAGAAGAGAGCGCUGAUGCACAGAGUUUUGAAAUGAAUGAAUUCCAUCAAGCUUUAGAAGAAAUAAAAGGGCAGAUUGUUGAAAACAACUCUGUAACUGAAUUUUCUGAAGAGAAAAGCAGAACUGAAAAUUACACUGGGCAAGAUGGUCAGACAGUUCAAGGAGGAAUCUCUGCUGGCUCCGAAGAGCAUGAAGAUGAAUGCCCUCAUCUAAUUGCCUUGUCAUCAUUAAACAGAGAAUUCAGAGAUGAAGAAAAUAUGGGAGCUAUCAAUCAGUAUAGAAUAAGAACUCUGAGUAUCACUUCUUCAGGCAGUGUUGUAAGCUGUUCAACAAUUCCUCCGGAAGUGGUGAAACAGAAGGUGAAACGUCAGUUGACAAAACAGCAAAAAUCAGCUGUCAGACGUCGACUGCAGAAAGGAGAAGCAAGUAUAUUUACCAAGCAACGUAGGGAAAACAUGCAAAAUAUCAAAUCAAGUUUGGAAGCAGCUAGCUUUUGGGGAGAAUAAUAUAUUUAGGAUCUUGGAUAUGUUUAAUAUAUUUUUUGAAGUUACUGUCAUUCCUUUUUUAGCCCCAAUUAGUCUUUUUUGGGCCAAGGCCAUUAUGUAUUAACAAAUAGAUAAAUAAAUUCUUUCAUCUAUAAA